AUGGCCGGCCGUGGAUACAAAAGGAAGCUCGAAGACUUCGAUCCGAACAAGUAAGAAUCCUGAGGGUUGCUGCGCUUGACAAGCUCCUCAUUGUGCUGAUUGAUCAUGCUAUACAGAUCCGAUAGCGACGACCUCGACUACGGAGCGGAGGAAUCAGCACCACGUGCGCGCCCUUCUGGGCGUUCACGGAAAUCGAACAAGUCUUCUCCCAAGAAGCCCUCCAAGCGACGCCGCGAGCGAUACAACGAUAGCGAUAUCGAACCCGACAGCGGCGCCGAGGACAGCGUUGAAGAAGACUCCUUCGCCGAAUCGAGUGCCGAAGAAGAGCCCGUAGAGCGCAAUCCGAGGACGGGCAGAGGAGUGCGAUCGGCGGCCAAGAAGCCUGUGAAGUAUGAGGAGAGUGACGAGGAAGAGGAGAUCUUAGACAGCGAAAGUGACGGCGACGAACUGCAGCCUAGGCCGGUGAAGAACCGCCGCACUGGACGGGUCGCGCCUGAAAAAUCACUUGUCGUGAAACUAAAAGUACCAACACUCGCCAUGAACCACGCACGCCCUUCUCGGACCCGUGCAGGCAGUAGAGGCCUGAAACGCGAACCGACACCUCAGGCAGUGGGUGCCGCUGGCUCUCGAAGAAGUAGUCGACUCUCACAUGACGAACAGCGCGAUCUAGUCGCGCUCACAGACUCGGGCAAGCACGAGGUAAUUACAAGAGCCGGAACAAGCACUCCAGAGCCAGAAGGCAGCGGCAGGCCUACACGCAGUAGUAAAGGGCUUAAGAAGCCGCCAAGUGUAGUCUUUGAGGCGUCUCAGGAGGGCUCCUUCGUUGACCCAGAAGGCAUUCAGCAGACCGCGGAAGGCGAAGAGUUCUUUUCUCAACUUCAACAAGCUGCGGGAACGGACGACCCAGCGAAGCAGAUCUCGCCAACGUCUCCCGCCUCCGAAGGCCAAGAUGAGGACAUACGCAUGAGCUACGAAGAAGAGGAGGCAGUUGUACAGGAGUCACAGCCUGACCCGGAAGACGUAGAAGAGGACGAGGAGCCUAUUUCGAAAGGCGGACGGACGCUCAGAGGGCGACGCAAGUCCUCCACGCCACCUGCUUCGCAACCCAUCAACAAGGGCCGCUCUCUGAGAAAUCGCAAGACUGUUGCGGAGCAGAGCAGCGACUUCGAGCCUGACGCGGAAGGUGAUGCAGAUGCGGAGGGAGACAUGUCUGACUCGGACGAUGACCACCUCAAGCCUCCGAGGGGCAGAAGUAGCGCAGAAGCCAGCUCUCAAAGUGGCAGACGCUCUGGCAGGCCCACCCGUAAGACAGCCUCGCAGCGAAGCCGCUCCCGACGCUCACCAGACGAAGACGACGAAUUGGACCGCGAGGAGAUUGCAGACGAGGCGGCAGAUCUCGAGGAGGACAAUCGUCGCAAUCGGCGUCCAAGACGACGCCCGCCCAGACAGGAGGCUCGAAUCACCUUCGAGCCGAAUCUGCGCAGUCGGGGAAACAGACCGGACUAUCGAAUACUCAGGCCCGAGUUGGCUUUUCCUGUGGACGACGAUGAUGCCCCAACUGCUGUUGCCAUAACGCCCCAAAGGACCCGCCGUGGAGGAGGGUCCUCUCACGCGUAUCGCAGCUUAUUUUCUACCUUUGGCCCUUUCGGUGGCGCAGGGGGUCCUCCACCGGUUCUGGGUGGUCCAGACGGGGCAGGCGCAACUGGUGGCGUCGAUUCAGACAGCAGUGACGAGGAAACAUCUGGCCGAAAUGGUCAACAGGUUGGCGGCGGCGUAGGCAUGACGCCUACAUCAGCUUUCCCCAAGCCUUAUGCACCACAAGCACUCAACAGCGACCCCAUCCAAGGACCUAGCGGUGGUGCGCCUGGUCUCGGCAAGAUCAAAGAUAAGAGAGCACUCGCAGAUGCCGACCCGCUUGGAGUUGAUCCCAAUGUCUCAUUCGACGGUGUCGGUGGACUCGACAAUCAUAUCAAUCAACUCAAGGAAAUGGUAACGCUACCUUUGCUAUAUCCUGAAGUCUUUCAGCAGUUCCACGUCACACCACCUCGUGGUGUUCUUUUUCAUGGACCUCCAGGCACGGGAAAAACGUUGCUAGCACGCGCUCUAGCCUCUAGUGUCAGCUCACAAGGCCAAAAAGUCACUUUUUACAUGCGCAAAGGAGCCGAUGCGCUUAGCAAGUGGGUUGGCGAGGCCGAGAAGCAGCUUCGUUUGCUCUUUGAAGAAGCACGCAAGAAUCAGCCCAGCAUCAUCUUCUUCGAUGAGAUUGAUGGUCUUGCUCCCGUCCGCUCCAGCAAACAAGAACAGAUCCAUGCUUCUAUCGUGGCAACUCUUUUAGCAUUGAUGGAUGGCAUGGAUGGUAGAGGACAAGUAAUCGUAAUCGGAGCUACUAACCGCCCAGAUUCAGUCGAUCCUGCGCUGCGGCGGCCUGGCAGGUUCGAUCGAGAAUUCUACUUUCCACUGCCUGAUCAGAAUGCAAGACGCAAAAUUCUGGACAUCCACACUAAGGGUUGGGAUCCUCCGCUCAAACCCCAGUUCAAAGAGCAACUCGCAGAAUUGACGCGAGGCUAUGGUGGUGCCGAUCUUCGUGCUUUGUGCACUGAAGCGGCCUUGAACGCCGUCCAAGGAACAUAUCCUCAGAUCUAUUCCAGUGACAAGAAGUUGCUCAUUGACCCCAGCCAAAUCAAGGUUUUGGCGAAGGACUUCAUGCUUUCGGUCAACAAGAUCGUCCCAUCUUCAGAGCGAUCCGCAUCGUCGGGUGCUGCACCGCUGAAGAAGGAGAUUGAGCCUUUGCUGAGGAAGGCAUUGACCGAAAUCACCAGUCGACUUGACCAGGCCAUUCCCAGGAAGCGCAAGGCUACUGCUCUGGAGGAGGCUAUGUAUGACGAUCGAGACGAUGAAUUGGGCUUUGAGAAGGAGAACAUGGAACGCAACUUCGAAGCCUCGCGCAUUUUCCGGCCAAGACUCUUGAUUCGAGGAUUUGAAGGCAUGGGACAACAGUACCUUGGUGCCGCGCUGCUAAGCAAAUUUGAGGGAUUGCAUGUGCAGAACUUCGACUUGGCUACUUUGAUGAAGGACUCAACUCGGGUAAGAGAUCGAAGCUCGAAUCUGUGUUCACGGGCGUAGGCUAACCUCCUCGCAGUCUACAGAAGCCGCCAUAGUGCAGCUAUUUGAAGAAGUCAAAAGGCACAAGCCCAGCGUCAUCUACAUUCCUAACGUCAAUGUCUGGUACGACACACUGACUGAUUCGACCAAGAGGACUUUUGUCGGCCUGCUACGCAGCUUGUCACCCACUGAACCAGUGCUCCUACUGGGUAUCAUGGAAGAUCGUUCCAAUCCGGACAAAGACAUGCUACACGACCUAUUUGGCUAUUCCAAGAAGAACCAAUAUCUACUCGUCCGUCCUGAAGCAGAUGCGCGAACCGAGUUCUUCAAGGCAGUCAUCGAAUUCAUACGAUUGGCACCAGCAGAAUUUCCCGCGUCUACGAGGAAGAAGCGGAAACUCGCGGAUCUCCCGGUCGCCCCACCGCCUCCAGAGCCAGAAGGUCCCAGCAAAGCGGAGCUAAAAGCGCAGAAGAAGAAGGAUCACCAGACGUUGAAUCACUUGAAGCUUCACAUCCAGAAGGUCAUGGACCAAAUCAAACUGAAAUAUCGAUCCUUCAGAACUCCGCCUGUUGACGACGCUACCAUCGCGUACCUGUUUGAUGAGGAAGACCCGCGAGUGCUUACCACGGACCUGACUGAAGAACAACGCGAACAGCAGCACCUCUUUCGUCCGUAUGAAAAGGACAAGGAUCGCCGUGGAGUACCAGGUCUUCGCGAGGUUGCUUCAGGCAAGUUCUAUUACAAUCUCGAGAUCGUGACCAUAGAGAAGCGCCUGUCCAACGGAUAUUACAAGCGACCGAAAGACUUCACUGCGGACAUCAGGCGGUUAUCAAAGGAUGCUCAUACUUUGGGCGACACCAAUCGGGUUAUGAAAGCAAACGAGAUGUUGACGAACGUCGAAGUCGACAUGAACGAUCUUGAAUCGCAGCAGCCUGCUCUGGCCGCCGAGUGCCAAGCAGUCUACGAGCGUGAGAAGCAGCGCGCUCUCCGGCAAGCGGAGAAGGCGCGAGAGGCUCAAGACCGAGGCGAGGAAGUCCCAAAGGUCGUUCCGAACGUCCCAUUCGUCCAAACGUCGAAGACAACCACGGAAAGCUCAGGUCCGGUUAUGCUAGGGCAGGAGGUCCCAGGAAAACUUAUGUUCCCAAUUACGCCUAAUCAACUCGGCGGUCCCAGUCCUGAUUCCAAUCACUGGAGUACAACGCAGACAAACGGAAGCCAUCCAUCCAAUCACACAAAUGGCUCCAAUGGUCCUUCGCACGCGCAGGAAGAUUCGGAAAUGUUCGACCACCAAGACGAUACUCAUGACGGCAGUCCGGAGCACUCUGGCUUCUCCCAGUCCCUCUCGCAGAGCCAGCCUGCCAGUCAACCAGCAAGUCAAGGCCCAAGCCAAGGUUUCUUCUCGCAGAGAUCGGCGCACUCCACUCAGCCAGAUCAGUACCAGAACAGCGAUUCAACUACCAAUUCAGAUCACAAAUCGAGCGAUCGGAGCAGUGGUGGCUUUUCCGGCAACGAUGGUUCUUCUGGAGAUACUCACAGCUCCAAUGGCAUCGGGCCGCCAGGACAUCCAGACUUUUCUUCAAUGGCUGCACCAAGGGGCGGCAGUCAGCUCCCAAGUACGCAAGAACCCUCCGUGGCCGGAUCGCAGCCCAACUCCUCGGGGUCACAGCUGUUCGACGAUUCACCAAACUCGCAACGAACAGCGCCGCCUCAUCGUCAGAGCCUGCGUACCUCAAAUAUCAUGGGUCUGUUGAACAACGACGAAGAUGACGAGGAGGAGGAGAUGACGAAGUCGAAGGAGCCGUACCUGAUCGUCGAUGAGAUAAAGCUCGGCGAACUCCACGGAGAACUAGUUUCGCGUAGCAGCGGCCUGUCGUUGGAGCAGCUCGAACAGGUCAACGCAGCUCUGAUGGACGUCGUUUGGCGAACGAAGGACAAUUGGAACCGCAACCAAGUCUGGGCGAAGGUACAGGAAGCGUUCAACGAAACGGUCGAGGACAUUGAGUCGUGCCAGGGCGUGAUGGGUCCAAGCCAGGAAGAGUCGUAG